UAUAGUGUUAUAGUUAUAUGAAUGGUCUAUAAUGCUUUACUUUAUGUAUUAUGAUCUAUAAGUUGGCAGUAGUUUAUUUCUACUAGACUUGUAACUAGAUCUAGAUUUUGUUACUGUUUGGUAGUGGCAACAGACAAUUAGAUUUACCUGAAAGUACAUAGUAAGCGAUCCGAAACAUGGCAAUCACAACCCUUACUAAAUAAACUAAAAUGAAGUCCAGAUACAAAAAAGCCAAACGGAUAUUGUCCUUUUAUUACACUCACUUUGGACUGAAACCACCUUAUUUAGUUUUGGUGUGUGGAACAUUUUGUAAACAAGCUUUGAUGGACAAAAUAAAUAUAGCAGAGCAGCUUCCCAAGUAUUUAAGUGGAGAAGUGAAACUGCUUACUACAAAGUGUGCAUUGAAAGAAUGUGAAUUAGGAGGAUCAUUGUUGUAUGGUCCUUUUAAAGUGCUGAGUCAGUAUGAUAUCUUUGACUGUCCACAUGCCUGGUUUAAAGGGAGUGCAAAGUGCUUACGCAAAGCAGCAUUGAAAGAGAAAGGCAAGCUUAUAAUUGCUACACAGGAUGAAGAGCUGGCCAGUAGCUUGAGAGAGCAUAACAUUCCCUUGAUGCACAUAUCUCACAACUCUAUCAACUUAGAAACUCCAUCAGAGAAAUCAAAAUCAUUUGCAGAGGAGAAAACUUCUAAAAAAUUGACACUAUCACAAAAGCAGGAAGCAUCUAUUGCACUUCUGAAACAGGAACUUCACAUCCCAGAAGAACCAGUUUCUAAAAAGAAGAAAAAGAAAAAAGGUGGCCCAAAUCCUCUGUCUGUUAAGAAAUCUACAAAGAAAAAGUCAAGUUUGAAUGGAGUUUCUAAAGGCAAUGUAGAAAGUGCCAAGCACAAAACAAGACAAAGAAAGAAAAAAGUUAGAAUUCCAGAGCAUGUUAAAAAAGAAUUAUUAAAAUCGAAUGUACAAUUGUAAAAAUAUGUAUUAUAUAUAUGUAUGUAUUAUAAUGUGCUGAUUAAAAAAUACACUUCAUUGAGA